AUUUCUUUCCUUUUUUCAUUUUAGUGUAAAUGAAUUGAUAAUUUAAUGUGAUGGACGAUUGUGCAGUGUUAUGUGUGUUAUGUAGUGAAGGAGAAAAGGAAGGAGAUUUAUUAAAUCAAGUUGGCAGAUAUUGAAACCCAGAGAAAGGAACUGAACAUCCAUUGAAUACACUUAUCACGCAAGCUACUAAAUGUGAAUUAUCAGAACUAUCUUUCAAGCUUACUAAUUACAAGGAAAACAACACAAGAACAUACGUUCAUAAUAGUUGUCGAACAAAGCUAAAAAAUCAAGCACGGGGAAGUAGACGAAAAUCAUCAACUGAGGAACAACCUUCUUCAAGCAAACGAGUAUGUGGAGGUAUAUUUGACUUUAAGACACAAUGUUUUUAUUGCGAAGAGAUAUGUAAACUUAAUAGAAAACACCCGGAUCGAAAUAAAUUUAUCGAAGUUCGAACAAUUUCGUCAAAUUUACAUAAGGAAACACUUGACAUAUGCAAAACACGUAGCAAUGAAAUUGCUAGGGCCUUAGAAACACGAUUGUUAUCUGUCAGUGAUCUAGUAGCAGCUGAAGCAAGAUACCACGUAGCAUGCAGAACAAAUUUCAGCAACGUAACAUCUGAAAAUAAAACAUCUGGUCGUCCCAUUUCUUCAACGAAGAUGGAACUGUUUGAGCAAGCAUGUAUAAAAUUUCUUGAAAACGACAUAGAGUUAUAUUCUGUUUCUGAGUUUCACAACAUGAUGUCCACGCUAGGAGAUGAUGUAUAUACCAUUAAAAUGACUCAAGUGAAAUUAAAAGAAAGAUAUAAGGAGACGUUACAGCUUGUUACAAGAGAAGGCAAGAGUAAUAUUAUAUUAUUACAUAGGGCGGCAGAAUUCCUUAGUGAAAAGUGGUAUGCGGAACGCAAGAAAGAUAUUAAGGAUGAAAGUGAACGUAUCGUAAGAACAGCAGCAUUAUUGAUAAAGGAAGCCAUUAAGAAUUAUGAUCUCGACUCAGCUAACUAUCCAUCAAGCAAAGAUAUAAAAACAUCAUCAAAUGUAAUACCAAGUAUCUUGACAAUUUUUUUGCAUGGACUUUUCUCAUCUUCCAUAAAAGAAAAGACGUUAGCACAGGCAAUAGUUGCAGCAACAAGACCAAGAAGUAUAAUGCCAAUUCAAUUUGGGCUUGCAGUUUGUACGGACAAUAAGAUCGGAUCAAAAUGGUUGAAUAUAUUACUUUCAAAGUUGGGUUUGGCUGUCAGCUAUGACGAGGUUGUACGAUUCAAGCAGAAUGUAAUCAAGCACGAUACGUCAAAUGAGGUUGUGUGUCCUGAGGGAACUACAUUCCUACAAUUUGUAUCCGACAACACUGACCACGAUCUCGCAACACUCGAUGGUAAACAAACUCAUCAUGGCUUGGGUUCUUUAGCAGUUGCUAAUGGAAAUUUUGGUGCUCAAAGAUUGCCUACUAGACGGAUUCCAAGAGAGAAGAAAGAAAACUGGAGUAAUAUUCAAGGAAAUAAGGGAAUUGAAAUUCACGAAUAUCUGGAACCUGAGGUCCCAGCCUUAGCGAAAACUGUAAUGAAGCCCAUUACAAUUGAGGUAAAAAUAUUGAAGGAUUUUUAAAAAUUUAUUCUGGUUCUGCCAAUUGCAACUUCGGCUUUUCAUUUAUCUGAUUCUUCUUCGUGUACUGUCAAACCGUUCUACCAUCGACCCAUCACUUCUACCACCAUCACCAAGAGCAGCCUACUAUCACGGUUUGAGAGUUUAUCACCAGGUUCAAGUGUGGCGGUAUCUUCAAGACGUUGACUUUAUGCCUUUCCAGUGGGGUUUUCAAUCUCAAGGACAAUCUAUUGUCCCAAUUAUGACAGAUGAAGAAGCAGGCCCUUCAGACCUUUUACAGGUAAUUCGAUGUGGUUGUAAGGGAGAAUGCGAUUCCAAUCGGUGCACAUGUCGGAAAGCUGGUUUGAGUUGCACCUCAUCAUGUAAAGAAUGUCACGGGUCAUCAUGUUCGAAUGUUCAGAAUGAUAACGUUGAUGAUUGUGGUGAUAACUUUGAUGAUGAUUUUGUAGAUAGACACUUCAUGGACGCUUUUGUGAAUUAGUUUUUCAUAUCAUUAAGAUGUUUUAUGACGCUAUUUUUUAUUAUAUUAAAUUUUGAUGUGAUGUUUACAA